CUGUUUCAAGUCAUAUACGCCCAUUUGCUUCCAAGUCUCUUAGCUUGAAACUUACAUCACUGCUCUGCUUCAGCCAUGGCCUCCUCUCUUUGUUCUAAUGCUGGCAAUUUCUUGCUUUUCUUGGCAUUAGCUAGCCAUUUAGCCAGUGUCUCCUUCGCUGGUAACUUCUACCAGGAUGUUGAUAUCACUUGGGGUGACGGUCGAGCCAAAAUUCUCAACAAUGGCGAGCUGCUGACCCUGUCGCUUGACAAGUCCUCGGGUUCAGGCUUCCAAUCAAAGAAGGAGUAUUUGUACGGGAAGAUCGACAUGCAAAUCAAGCUUGUCUCAGGAAACUCAGCUGGAACCGUCGCUGCCUACUAUCUAUCGUCGCAGGGGGCGGCACAUGAUGAGAUCGACUUCGAGUUCCUCGGUAACCUCAGUGGAGAUCCUUACGUAGUCCAUACCAAUGUGUACACCCAAGGGAAGGGGAACAGGGAGAUGCAGUUCUACCUCUGGUUUGAUCCCACCAUGGACUUCCACACCUACUCCCUCCUCUGGAAUCCUAAACACGUUGUCUUCUAUGUGGAUGGGACACCCAUUAGAGAGUUCAAGAACAGAGAGUCGGCUGGCAUGGCGUACCCGAAGAACCAGGCGAUGAAGGUCUACUCGAGCCUGUGGAACGCCGAUGACUGGGCCACGAGAGGCGGGCUGGUGAAGACCGACUGGUCGAAGGCGCCUUUCACCGCAUCCUUCAGGAACUUGAAUGCCAUGGGAUGUGUGUGGGCUUCCGGUGCCUCCUCCUCCUCCUGCUCUUCGGUUAACAACACAUGGAUGUGGCAGGAGUUUGAUUCCGCCAGUUUGCAGAGACUGAGAUGGGUGCAGGAGAACUACAUGAUUUAUAACUACUGCACUGAUGUGAAGAGAUUCCCUCAGGGGCUUCCUCCUGAAUGCUCCAUGAGUUAAGAGGACUGCACUGUGAUCACUGAACGUAAAAAUGGAUUGUUGUGAUCCUUUUGGGACUGUUCACUCAUGUAUAUUGAUAAUAAAGCCACCCUACAUAAAAACUUCUGCAAUAAAUCUUCUUGCAUCAUUAUUAUCUAGCACUAAAAA